UCCACUCAGUCAGUCCCCAACCCCCUCACUUCAUCCAAACCCCUCCUCUCGUCCCAUCGACACCGCGCUGAGACCGCGUGUCUCGCCCGAGAAUAGCCUGCCGAGCGCGUCAGAAUGUAUGUUUCUCUCCGCGUUGCGUCUAUAGACAGGGGAAGGGUAUGGAACUCGACUGGACAUCCACGCCUCUCCACAAACAGAUCUCGGCGCGGAGUUGAAACACACGCCGCAUGGACCCCGCGAGUCAUUCGUGAGGCGGGGAGGGGGGAGAUGAAACAUGGCGUUGAAGACAGGGAGGCCAAUCGCGGUGGGGUUUUGGAUGUGAGUUGUUUUGCUAUCUCUUUUGGGGACCUUGCAGAAGAUGGAAUGAAUAUGUCUCGAUUAGAGGGAUGGAAGGGCUAGAAAGAAUAAAAGUGCUGGAAGCCUUGGAAAUGUUAGAAGCAAGCUCAAAAUAGAUCAGAGCAGUAGGAUCCCAAUUCACCUCCAAUUCCCUCCUGCGGUGCUGCGUGAUACUAUCCGUAACACAGAUUAAUUAUAUCCAAACCAGGCCAGAAUCAAUCCCAUCUCCUCUCCCAAUAAUAAGUGCCCAAGCUGCAGGUACAAACUGUCUGUACAACACACGCACGAGCGCAGUAUAUAUAGGUCACGUGACCUAUAUCACGUGACCUAUAUCGCCAACAUUUAACAAUUGGAACUCGGGUAGGCUUGGCGUUACUUGGCAUACUUUAUUCUUGUUGAUUUGGGCACCUCGGAAUAUUUUUCUCAGCCUCAGCCUCGUGGUAGCGCCCUACACAUCUACGAGUGACAACUAAGAACAGGGGCUUUUUUGUCAAGUUUGUUUGGCUUGUUUGGGAUAGAGGCUUAGGUGCUGGAUACGGCGCGAACGACUGGGAAGUGGACGAUUUCGAAAGACGCGACGCCACGGCGCGGUUUGGGAGGGUUUGAGGACGCCCCGACGACUAGACGAUAUGGCGGACGAGGGGGGUAAUGAUACGGAGAUGAGGGUGGAUGAUGUGGAGGAUACUACGAUGAAGAUGGACGACCCAGUCGACACCCCCGCGAAGGUCGACGACGAAGCCGAUACCCCGAUGCGAACAGACGACGCAGCCACCACCCCCAAGCCAGACGACCACGAUGACUCCUCCUCCUCCAGCGACUCCGAUUCCGAUUCCGACUCCGAACCCUCCUCCCCCAAAGAAUGGCUAGCAACAAGUCGCCAGCGCCGCUCCACAGCCGGCAACCGCCUCUCGACCCUCCUCCAAGCCGCCGCCGCCGACGACGACCUCGAGCUCCUCUUCGCCGAAGACGAAGAUGACGCCGGUUUCUCUGACGAAGGCGACGCCGCCUCAGAUGUGCAGAUGGACUCCUCCUCCGAUGAAGAGGAUGCUGGUCCCUCCGCUCCCGGCGCGGAAGAUCUCGAGGGGGAGGCGGAACUUCAGAGAAUCGCGAAAGCGGAGAGGAUUGCUAAGAAGAGGAAGGCUGCGUCGGGGAUUCCGGCGGCGUUGAGGAAGAAGCCUCGCGUGGCUGACAGAGCGGAGACGGAGGCGGCGCCGAGGCCGAAGAAGAAGUCGGAGAGGGCGAGCUGGAUUCCGUCUGCUGAAGAAGCCCCCCUGCGCGCCUCAGACCGAAAGACCACGAAAUUAAGCAAGGAGCAGUUAUACGUACAGAUGCAAGACCGCGAGCGCAAGCGCGUGCGUCAGCUCGCCAACAUGGAGAAAGCCGCGCGAAAGCGCGAAGCAGAACGCCGACCGGAACGCACGCAGGAAGAUCGCCUAGCGGAGGCGGCGCGGAUAGAGAAGCGGAAUGCGAAGAGUCUCAAUCGGUGGGAGGAGGCGGAGAGGAUUAGGGAGGAGGAGCAGAGGGCGAAACUGGCGGCACUGCAUAAUCGACGGUUGGAGGGGCCGGUGAUUACGUAUUGGAGUGGGAGGGCGACGUGGGAGGGGGAUAGGUUGAGGACGGUGGGGAGGGAUGUGGUUAUUGAGGAGAGGGAGAAGCCGAGGAAGAGGAAGGGAGGGGAGGGGGAGGAGGGGAGGGGAAAGGGGAAGAUGGGGCCGCCGGCUGCGGUGGGGGGGGCGGCUGUUAAAGUUGAAGGAGCUGCGGCAGAUUCGGCGUCAAUGCCGCCGCCGGUGGUUGAUACGAAGGCUACACCGUCUAUGUUGAAUGGGACGACGCCUCUCCCUGGGUUUGCGCCUACGGCAGCACCGCCAUCGGCUUCGACGGCCCCUUAUACGUCGCCCGCGCCAGUGGCUCCAGCAGCUCCUGUCGCUCCCUCCGCAUCACCGUCGGUCGCAGCUCCGCCAUCCUCUGCCACCCCUGCUCCAGCAGCUGGAUCUGUAGCUAGUUCUGCUGCACCACAACCAGAAUCUACCGCUGCCCCAACAUCAGUAACGGAACCUGCAACAACAGCGCCUGCAGCCGAAACUGCUGCACCGCAACCGGAAACCACAGCUCCCGCUACUCUAGCAACGGAACCUACAGCCGCCCCUGUCGCACCAGGAGUGCCUUCUGCUGUCUCCGAAUCCACCGCUGUCCCCCCACUAACUGUGCAAGCUGCACCACCACCAGCUCCCGAAACCGCACCUCAACCAGCGCCAAAAGCCGCGCCUUCAACCCAAACGCCUCCCAUACCAACCGACACCGCAUCUACCGUCCCCAAACUCGUCCCAUCUCCAACGGAGCCCUUCAAGCUCAACCCCGCUGUCCCACCAACCACACAAUCUGCCCCGCCACCAGCUGGAGAUGCCGCUCCUCCAGUUACCGCACCUCCAGCCACCGCCUCAUCAGCUGUAGACGCUGCACCUCCAGCUCCCACACAACCCACCACCUCCACCACUGACCCCUCACCCCCCACCCAACCCACCGAGCCCAUCUCCCCCCCCGCCCCCGCCUCCCAACCUACACCUCAAACCUCAACGCGCUCAUCCUAACCUCCUUCUCCGAAACCGCCCUGCGCGACAAAUCAACCCAAACCGCAAUCCUCUUCCGCGGCAACCGGUUCUCCAAACUGCCGCGCCCGCCGCCGCCUCCUAUCUGCCCCAUAACGGGGUUGCCGGCGAGGUUCAAGGAUCCAAAGACGGGGAUGCGGUAUGCGAAUGCUUAUGCGUUUAAGGAGAUUAGGAGACUGGUUGCGGGGGGAGGGACAUGGAGUAGCUUGUUGGGGGCGUGGGUGGG